AUGCCUCGAGAUCCUCUGAUCGGCCUGGUCGGCAAGCCGUCCGCCGGCAAGAGCACAACGCUCAACAGUCUGACAGACGCCACCUCAAAAGUUGGUCCAUUCACAACGAUUGACCCCCAACGAGCGAUCGGAUACCUCCAAAUAGAAUGCGCCUGCGCACGACAUAACGUUUCGGACCGCUGCAAGCCGAACUACGGCGCCUGCACCGACGGCCGCCGCUCCGUACCCAUCGAGCUCCUCGACGUCGCCGGUCUCGUCCCCGGGGCUCACCAGGGCAAAGGCCUCGGCAACAAGUUCCUCGACGACUUGCGCCACGCCGAUGCGCUGAUACACGUGGUGGACGCAUCGGGCACGGUGGACGCCGAGGGCAAGGAGACCCGCGGGUACGACCCCUCGGUCGACAUCGCAUGGCUGCGCGGGGAGAUCGUGGCGUGGAUCAAGGGCAACCUGAUGGAGAAAUGGGGGUCCAUCAGGAGGCGUCACAUGGCGAUCAAGGCCACGGCCAUCGAGACGCUGCAGGGCCAGUUCUCCGGCUACGGCAGUACGGCCAACGUCGUCGCCCGCGCGCUCGACAGGCUGGGCAUCAAGGAGCCGCUCGAGGACUGGGACGAGUCGACCAUCGACCGCGUCGUCAACGCCUUCACGGACGAGAAGUUCCCGACCGUCAUCGCGCUCAACAAGAUCGACCACCCGGACGCCGACAAGAACAUCGCCAAGAUCGCAAAGAUGCAGGACCCCAACACCAUCGUCCUCUGCUCCGCCAUCUCGGAGAUCUUCCUGCGCAAGAUGGCCAAGCAGGGCUACGUCAAGUACACCGAGGGCAGCGAGUUCGUCGACACGCGCGAGGACCUGAUCGAGCAGGGCGACCCGGAGGGCGGCGGCCUCAAGGAGCUCGACGAGAAGAACCGCAACCGGAUAGAGAACCUCAAGGACAUGGUGCUGUACCGUUUCGGCUCGACCGGCGUCGUGCAGGUGCUCAGCAAGGCGGCCGAGAUCCUGGGCCUCGUGCCAGUGUUCCCCGUGCGCAACACGACGACGUUCCAGUCCGGCGCCAACGACUCCAAGGUCGUCUUCAGGGACUGCGUGCUGGUCAAGAAGGGCACGACGGUGGGCGAGGCGGCGCGCAAGGUCAUGGGCGACGCGCCGAUCGCGUAUAUCGAGGGCGCGGGGGGUAUCAGAGUGGCCGAGGACGACCCUGUCGCCGUCGGGAAGAACGAUAUCCUGUCAUUCAAGGUCGGAAGAGGUUGA